GACCGGAAGUACUCCGUCUUUACGACCGCGGACUUGACCACGUCGUAAAGUGGACGUCCUGGCCAGGAGCGGCAUACACACUGAUCCCCCCAGCUGGAGGUCGAGAACGAUCGCGUGGGACGGAGGGAGCAAACUCAGCCAAGAUGCCGUCAGCCAGAGAUUCGGGGCCGGGCCACGAGGAGAGGGACGCGGCCGACCAGAACUUUGACUACAUGUUCAAGCUGCUAAUCAUCGGCAACAGCAGCGUAGGAAAGACGUCCUUCCUGUUCCGCUACACGGACGACUCGUUCACGUCAGCCUUUGUCAGCACGGUGGGCAUCGACUUUAAAGUCAAGACUAUCUACAGGAAUGACAAGCGUAUCAAGCUGCAGAUCUGGGACACAGCGGGUCAAGAGCGCUACCGCACUAUCACCACAGCUUACUACAGAGGAGCCAUGGGCUUUCUUCUCAUAUACGACAUCACAAGCCAGGAGUCUUUUGUGGCAGUGCAAGACUGGGGAACGCAAAUCAAAACGUACUCGUGGGAAAACGCCCAGGUGGUGCUGGUUGGCAAUAAGUUGGACUUGGAGGAAGACAGGGCGGUCCCCACCCAAGAUGCUCAGAAACUCGCUACAGAACUAGGCUUUGAGUUCUUUGAGGCCAGCGCCAAAGAAUGCAUCAACGUGAAGCAAGUUUUUGACAAGCUUGUGGACGUCAUCUGCGACAAGAUGAACGACAACGUCAACAGUGACGCUUCUCUGUCGCCCGCUCACAAGGGAGCCGGCCUGAAGGACACGCCCCGCAGCAUCCCGGGGGGCUGUGCAUGCUGAUCACUAAAACACACUUUGCUUGUCGACCUAUACUUCUUCAAUCGGGCCUUAUUUGAAUGUGACUGUUACACGAGAAUACCAAAGAAUUGCUGUGCAAACACGUGCCUUUUACCUUGCCACUUUUAUUAUUUAUCACUUUUGUGUGUGUGGAAACAGGCACCUGUUGUCGCAGGCAAACACAUGGACCAAACCUGAGAGCAGUGAGGAUCGCAGUAGUUGUGUCAUGCUACCCCCUUGUGGCUGCGUUAGGAAGUUGCAUGACUGUGACGUCAAGGUACAAGGGUGGUGGGGGCUCAUUACUGUUAGAAUUGAGUGAUUUUGUUUUUUUUACUGUAAAUGGCAAAACAAUAUUUCUUUAACCAUGUUUUUUUUCAUCUGCCUUCAAAUUGGAGAAUUUAAAGGGUGCUUUGCAGCAUGUUUGUUGUCAUGUUUUGGAAUAAAAUACUUAAUAUCUUA